AGGUGACGAAGGCAGCGUUUCGACCGUCUAACGGCAACCAACGCUAACAACACCUUUCUUACAUUCCUGGCGUCUCUCCUCCUGCAUCCACAUGACGCAUGUCUUCGUCUACGGCACCCUGAAGAAGGGUCAGCCAAACAACUACCGCAUGUUUGACCUCUCCAACGGCAAGGCGGAGUUUCUGGCCUCGGCCCACACCACCCAGAAAUACCCUCUAGUGAUCGCAGGCAAAUACAACAUCCCAUUCCUCUUAAACCUCCCAGGCCAGGGUCACCAGGUCCAAGGGGAGAUCUACAAAGUGGACGAUCAGAUGCUGGACUUCCUGGACGACUUUGAGAGCUGCCCCGAAAUGUACCAGAGGACUCUGGUGAAGCUGGAGGUGGAGGAGUGGGUGGGAGAGGAGAAGCUGGUAUCAGGUGGCAUCACAGAGGCGUUUGUGUACAGCACGAAGACGUACCAGCCAGAGUGGCUCUCACUGCCUUGCUACGUGAACUACGACUCGUACGGGGAUCAUGGGCUGGAGUAUGAGAUCAGAGAGUCUAGAGAACGACGUAGCUAAGUAAAGUAAUAGAAAUCAAAUCUACUAGACAGCAAACAUGAUAAACAAUUCUCCUGUUUUCACCUAAGCACUAAUCCAUGUAUCAUGGUCCAGAUCCUUCAGAAUGUACUGUAUCUUUAAUAACAACACUGGGAAUUUAUUCUAUAGCUGAUUAUCACAACUAGAGCCAGGCUUUAAAAUGAUUUGUCCAAAUGAAAAUAUUAGCUUAAAAUUAACAUUAAACUGAAGUAACAAUAACAUUAGUCUUUCCAUGAAUGUGAUCACACUUUUCUCUGAGACAAAAAUGAUGGGCUCAAAUACAUUUUUUUGAGGAUAAACUUGAACCUUAAUUAACAAGAACUGGAAAAACAUUUUCUCAGGGUUUCAAGAAGGGAGACGCUUCCGUAAUGGCCUGUGUCCAUUAACGCAGUUUUUGCACCAGUUAUGCCAGUUGUCAAAAUAAGAAAAAAACAAUUGCACUCCAAUGCACAUGUUACUUUUUUUUAGCACAGAACUCUGAAUUUAAAAUAGCUGUGAUUUUAAAAGGAUGCUACACUCUUCUAUACCACUUUUACCUCACUGUCAAGUGACAAUCAGGAGGAGGCGGGAAAUAAGUUAUCUGCUCUGCCAACAAUGGUGGGCUAAUGCCAGUACACAGUUCCUUGACAUUAUUUUUAAGUUUGAUAUCCUACAAUAGUUUGCCCAAUGGUCAACAUCGAAGGAAGCAGAAAAAGUAUGUGCCAGUAAAAGCUCUCUGAAGUUGAGGUCAUGAGCCAUUCGUUGACACAGGCCCUUAAAACCUUUUGGCACCCCCUUGUGGGCAAUCUUUGCCGAUAUCUUCUUGCACAUGUUGUUAUUGCUGUUCUUUCUUUUUUAGGAUGUUUUUGGGGUAUUUUAGAUGAUUUCAAGGAUGAAACUGAGGAUAGAGGGGUUAAGGAGCCUGGGCAGUGUACAGCUUGACUUGUACUUUUGUCUCAAAUCUAUGCCGUAGCAUUAGCUGUACGUCCACGUUGCACUUAACCGACGCAAAGUAGCCUGAAGUGCACUACCCCAAAAAUUUAACCACCCUUGAAAAGACUGCAAGCCCUGUGACUGGUGUAUUGUGUAGCACUUGGGGACUGCUGGUCUUUUAGUAAUAUCUACAAGUGUAUUGGCCCUCAUUUAUCAAACGUGCUACACCAGAAAUAUGUGAGUACAAUCAUUUUGUUGCAUAUAUCUGCAUUUAUCAGUUUGAGUUUGUUAUAUAUGCUGAAUGAGCGUUUCUUAAUCGUUUUAUUUUACAAUUUAAAAAAGUAUGUAGUGCUCACGUUGGCAUAGAUUCACCACAGAAGUACAAACCAGGCUUAGCAUGCAACUCACCCUUAAUCCAAAGUCUGGAAACAUUCAUAACAGUCUACUUUACAUAAAGUUAAUCACACUAUCUGACAACUUCCUCCCAGCGUUGAUUUUAGGCAUUAAAACUUACAGUAUAUAAAUGAUCAGUCUUACUCUUAGUUCUACUAAAGGUGUCAUUCUUAUGGUUCUUCUACCUGCACUGAUCUUCCUGCGAUCAUCUUUUUGUACUUGCUUCCCUGAACUUGUUUUCUUGAGCUUCAUCACCAUCUA